AUGGCAGACGAAGAUGUCGUGGAUUUUCUAAAUGCUUGGGAUCUCUCACAAUAUAUUCAAAUAUUUCGAGAAAAUGAAAUAGAUAUUAAGACAUUAGGAUUGCUAAGUGAUGAUAUGAUAAGAGAGUUGGUACCCAUUAUUGGUCAUCGAGCUAAAUUGAAAACUAAUAUUGAUCAAUGGAGAUUAAUUAUACAAGGAAUGACAGGAUCCUCAGAAAUUAAUUUUGAAACAGAGCUAAAUCAAAAUUCAAGUGAAGAACAUACCAACUUAAAGCCUACACUAACGUCAACUACUUUGUCAGCUGAGAAUCAUAUUUUAAUAAAUCUGGACGAUUUUGGAGUAGUGCAACAAAGUGAACAACAGUCAAAAGAAGUACCAAGUUCACUGCAAUCACCAACAAAUGAUGAUGUACACAACUUGCUCAAAAGUACAAACGAAGGGAAGUCAUUAUUAGCUAGUUUUGGACAAAGUGGACUACUAGAUAGUGUAGGCCGUAUACGUCUCUGUAAUCUUAUUAUAAAUAGAGAACUUAAAGAUGAUGCACAGAAGCGUGUUUUAUCUACAAGACUUCAAGACCUGGCCUAUCAAAUAACCUCAGUUUUUCACCAAGAGCGUACACCCACCUACUUUAUUCCUUAUAUUUCAUACGGUCCUGGACUGAGAAGAUCGGCCAAAGGAAAACUACUAGACUGCCUAAAUAACAGGAGAAGAGAAUAUCGAAAGUCUGGGUUAAUACAAACAUCAAGAAGAAGUUCGACAUCCUCUUCUUCUAGUAGUUCUUUUUCCUUGUCAAAAGGACUCCAACACUCUGUUGAGGAGGAAGAUGAAGAAUUACAUUCAUCUGUAGAGGAAGGGUUGAAAUGGUUACAAAAUUCCAGUGACCCAUGGGAAUUAGUGGAAAAGAAUUGGGAUAUAACCACUAAUGUACGCUUAAAGAAGCUGAUGUCAAAAAAUGGUCAGUCAAUUGCAAAGUAUAUGGAAGAAUAUCCAGCUCUUAAGAAACCAUCAGGCUAUCUACUUAUUUUAAAAGAUUUCCAAGUGUCUUAUCCAGGCAAAGAAAAUAAAUUGUAUCAAAACCUGAUCAUUUACAAAAAUAAUAUUUUUGAGUUGCUUAGAGCUAAAGUGAAUAAAACAAGAGAUGAAACUGUGAAUAACAUUUUGAACAAAUAUAUAAAACUAUAUCUUGAAGAAAACGAGGAAAUCUCUAAUAUUAUCACACUUUUAAGUCUCUCAUUCCUCAUAAGUGUUUCCAGCACAAGAAGCAAGAAGUCAAAAAUUUGGAGACCUUCAAAAAUCGAAGUGAGGGAUGGUUUUAUAACUCACGUGCGUAGUGAUUCUGAAAUCCAAGAAACUAUUACAAGAAGAAGAAGCAAGUUGAUUGAAUUUGGCCAGACAUUACAACCCUUUGUUAUUAUAGUUGCAUCUGUAGACUGCCAUCUAUUUAUACCAUUAAGCAAAGUGUUGAAACAAUUUUUUUCACUUGAAAAUAUUCUUGGUGAAACUUUAGAAAACAUGACGAAUUUAAUGAGUAACAAAAGUGUCUUAGGGAAUUUUAUUCAAGGUACUUUUUGGCAGAGUAGAAUUAAGAAAUUUGAAGGAAAGACUGUCUUGCCACUAUUUUUAUUUUUUGAUGAUUUUGAGAGUGGAAAUGUUCUCGGUAGUCAUUCCGGAAUUCACAAGUUAGGAGCAGUUUAUGUAUCUCUUCCAUGCAUACCAUUAUACCGUUCUUCAAUGUUGUCUAAUAUUUGUCUUACAUUACUUUUUCAUUCUUCUGAUAGAGUAGAGUUUGGAAAUAACGUAAUUUUUAAACCUGUGAUUGACGAAUUAAACUUUUUGCAAAAUGUUGGUAUAGAAAUUGAUACUUCAGUAUUUAAAGGUACAUUAUACUUUGACUUAGGUCUAAUUUUAGGAGACAACUUAGGGCUUCAUUCCAUUAUUGGUUUUGUAGAAAGUUUUUCUUAUAAUUUUCCUUGUCGAAUUUGCAAUAUAAGAAAAGAAAACUUGAGAGUUCAAUGCUAUGAAGAUGAAUCUCUCCUCAGAACAAUUGACCAGUAUUAUAUUAAUUUAAAUAAGAAUAAUGUAAGUACUACUGGAAUUAAAGAAAAGUGUGUUUGGUUAGAUGUCAACAAUUUUAGUCUAUAUGAUCAAGUCGGAGUUGAUGUAAUGCACGAUGUACUUGAAGGUUGUGCCAAGUAUAUAAUGGGUUUUAUUAUAUACUACUAUAUUAAUGAAUUGAAACUAUUUUCCCUACAAGUGUUCAAUGAAAGGCUUUUUGGUUUUGAUUUUGGACCUGAGCGUAAUAAACCUUGUGCUUUAACUAUGGAACAUGUUAGUCAAGGGAAUGUUCGUCAAUCUGCUUCUGAAAUGCUAAUAUUAGUUAGGUAUUUUGGUUUAAUUAUUGGUGAUUUUAUACCUGCAGAAGAACCAGUAUGGGCCCUGUAUAUACUUUUGCGUAAAGUUAUAGAUAUUAUGUUGUCAUCACUAGUUGAAGAACAAAGUACUUUCUUACUAAAAACUUUAGUUGAAGAAUUAAACGAGCUUUAUUUGAAAUAUAGUAAAAAAUCUCUUAAACCUAAAUUUCAUUUUUUACUUCAUUACCCAUCACUGAUUAAAAAAUUUGGUCCUGUAGGUAAUUUUUGGUCUAUGCGUUUUGAAGCCAAACAUAGGAUCUCUAAAAUUGCGGCUAGAUCAUCUUUCAAUCGACGUAAUAUAUGCUUAACUUUAGCAAUCAAACAUCAGUUACAGCUAAAUGAUAUAUUUGGCAAGGGUAAAUUAUGUUCAAAUGUAGUUGUAGGUCCUUGUAAGUCAUUAUGUCCAAUGAAAUCUCAUGCAAUAAAAAACGAACUCAAUCUUGAUCUUGAUAAAUCUUUAUUUUGUGUUAGUUGGGCAACAAUUGAAGGUAUACGUUAUAAAAUAAAACAUAUAUUAACCCAAGAUAUUUUGGAAGAUAAUAAUUAUAAAUUUAUUUCUGUGAACAAUAUUUUUCUUUAUGAUUCUGAUAGAAUAAUUUUUGAAUGCAAUUCUUUUUUAAUGGUAGGAUUUAAUGAACAUGUCUAUUCAUAUGAAGUGAUAUUUCCAGAAACAAAUAAUAAUUGUUUCAUUUUUCAAGAUUCCCUGGUAUCUCCUAUCCCAAAUAAUUUAAAUGUUACUCCAGAUGGAACCAAAUUUGUAACUGUAAGAAGCCCUUUGUAA